AUGACCGACGCUGCACGCAUUGACGCGAGCCGCAACUACGAGAAGGUGCUCCGGGGAAAGUAUCCGGCGAAGGCGCAUGCGAAGAAGGUGGCCGAGUGGAUCUUGGAACAGGGUGGGGAUAGAAGGGGUACAAUCUACCUGGAGGCGCAGAAGAGGAAGUUGUUAGAGGAUAAUGAUGAGGAUGCACCCUUCCGCCAGCGGCGGUUCUUUUAUUACCUUAGUGGCUGCAACCUUGCGGACUCGUAUUUGACGUACGAGAUCGAGACCGAGAAACUGACGCUUUUCAUCCCGCCAAUCGAGCCGGACGAGGUGAUAUGGAGUGGGUUGCCGAUGACGGUGGAGGAAGCUAAGGAGAAAUAUGAUGUGGACGAUGUGCAGACAACCAACGAUGUGAAUGCAUACCUGAGCUCCUCAAGUAGCAGCGCGCUUUCCACGAUUUAUGCCAUUCCCGAACAAGUCUCUGACCACAUCACCUUUCUGGCCUAUAAGGACAAGGAGCUCAGCCUCCUGAAGAGAGCAAUCGAAAUAUGUCGCGUGACCAAGUCUCCCUACGAAGUGGCUCUCAUCAAAAAGGCGAACGACAUCUCCACGGACGCCCACAUCAACGUCAUGAGGUCCGUCCGCAACUCCAGGAAUGAAGCGGAAUUGUACGGCCUGUUCCUGAAAUCAUGCAUUGAGCGGAACGCAAAACACCAAGCUUAUCACAGCAUCGUGGCCGCUGGCGAAAAUGCCGCUACCCUGCACUACGUCAAGAAUGACGCGCCAAUCUCCGGGAAAGAUCUUUUGCUCCUGGAUGCUGGCUGCGAGGUCGACUGUUACGCGUCCGAUAUUACCCGCACGUUCCCCAUUUCGGGCGAAUUCACAAAGGAAAGCUUCAGCAUCUACGAAAUCGUGCUCUCUAUGCAGACAAGAUGUCUUGCUGCACUGAAAACUGGUGUACAGUGGGAAUCCGUGCAUGAGCUAGCGCACAAGGUCGCAAUCGAGGGCCUCCGCUCCCUUGGCAUAUUGAAAGGCGACCCUUUGGAGCUCCUCAAGUCCAGAACGAGCGUAGCCUUCUUCCCGCACGGCUUGGGUCACUACCUGGGCAUGGACACGCACGACACUGGCGGCAAUCCCAACUACAGCGACCCCGAUCCCAUGUUCAGGUAUCUGCGUGUGCGUGGUAACCUUCCGGCUGGCAGCGUCGUCACUGUCGAGCCCGGCAUCUACUUCUGCAGAUUCAUCAUCGAGCCUUAUCUGAAGGAUCCGGCGCAGAGUUGCUAUAUCAACGAACAGGUGUUGGAGAGAUACUGGAGUGUCGGUGGCGUCAGGAUCGAGGACAAUAUCCUCAUCACUGAAGAUGGUUACGAGAAUCUGACACGGGCGCCCAAGGAGGCCAGCCAGCUGGAGCGGUUCAUCAAGGAUAUGCGUUAA